AUGAUGGAAGAAAUUGACGCCUUGUUCACUUCCACAUUUCUUGACACCCUCUCUCAGGAAAUGGAGAGUCUGGGGGUCGUCAACCAGUCAGAGAGAAAUGCUUUGUUGGGGUCUUCACUGGAAAUGGAAAGGUGUACGGACACAUUUAGUCAAACACUUAAUCCCAUCGGCUCUCAGUUCAGCAGUUCGUCCGCGGUCAACAUCGAUGUCCCGUUGGGUGGUGACGUCCAGCUGACCACUAUAGACGUGUCAGACCUCAGAUCCCAACUGGGGAUUGGUUUAGGAGUCUGGAACAUUAAUCCACAGUCGCACCAAAACCCUCUGUCGGACACGGCAUCGCCCAACAACUCGCUCCAGAAUGACGACACGGAUGACUGUCCAACGAGCCUCCUGGUUGAGUCUCUGGUUUCUAGCACUGUCUCUCCUGGAGUAUUUUCCCUCGACCCAUCCUUUUCCGGGUCCCCACUCUCUGCCCCCAUAUCUAGCAUCACUUCAAUUGUCGGGCGGAAAGGAGGCGCAGGACGAAAGAAGAGGAAGAUGAAGAAGAAGAAAGACCCCAACGAGCCUUGGAAACCUGUGUCGGCCUACACUCUUUUCUUCAAGGACUCUCGGGCCGCUAUCAAAGGACAAAACCCCAAAGCUACCUUUGGAGAAGUUUCAAAGAUAGUGGCGUCCAUGUGGGACAGUCUGGGGGAGGAGCAGAAACAGGUUUACAAGAGGAAAAACGAAGCAGCAAAGAAGGAUUACUUGAAGGCGUUGACUGAGUACAGAGCCGGACAGAUUUCUCAGGUCCCUACUGAAGUCACCCCCUCAUCUCCACCUACAGCAUCUUCAACUUUCAUAGCAACAUCAGCCUCCAACCACAUCGACCAGACCACCAGGCCCCAGCAAUCCAACCCUGAGGAGAACACCAUCACCAACAUCUGCACCUCCAACAUCAUCCUAGACAUGCCUCAGGUCACAACGCGCUCACGAACUGGGGCUAUCAAACCCCAACCUCCACCCUUUACCACCCCUUUGCCGAACCACCCAACUAUCACCAAGAUCAUCAUUAAGCAGAUGAAGCUUCCUUCAGGUGUUGUGUGGAUGACCGGCGCCUCGCCAAGCCAACUGCCGCCACAUCGGAUAAUGAAGAGCAACCCUCUUAAGUCGAAGGUGCAGCAGAUGAUGCACGUUCAGGCGCCUCCAUCUCUGCAGGCAGAACCACAAGUUUCCACUUCCACUAUUCUGACUCCGCUGCAGAUCAAGGUGGUCCCAAUGUCGAAGCAGCCAAUCAUUGAGACCUCAGCAAGUGAAUCGCCUACUUUGGGUUUGACUGUCCAGGUUGGACAGUUGGCUGGAGAGGCGGUAGUGGAGGCAGAAGACGGGAUGGAGGUUGAGGUGAACGUUGCCCCUGUCCAGAGUUUGACUCCCAUCGCCAGCUUUAACAUUUGUGUGCGAUCUGGCUGCACCAACCCCGCAGUAGAGAGCAAAGACUGGGACUACGAGUACUGCAGCAACGAGUGUGUCGCCACACACUGCAGUAAUGAGUUCAUGGCCUGGUGCGCCAUCCGAGUGCAAAACUCCACCACCAGGAAGAUGACACAAGAGAAGGACAACAAAUAA